UCUUACCAAAGCAUUUUUGAGAAAUUCCUCUUUCUAUCUUUGGUCUCCUUCUCCAUCUUGAAAGCCUUUGUUGUUUUUUCUAUUUCUAUCAACAUUCCAAUUUCAAUUCAAGUUUCCUCUGCAAAUUCAUCGUCAUUAUCUCUUCUUUCUCCGGGACAAACCCUAGUUUUUCCAGCAAAAUUCAAACAUAGAUACAUACAUAUAUAGAGACAAGGGGAACGAGGUUCGGAUGAAGUGAGGGAGGGAUGGGAGCAGCGGGCUCGAAACUGGAGAAGGCAUUGGGAGACCAAUUCCCCGAAGGUGAACGGUAUUUCGGUCUUGAGAAUUUCGGCAACACUUGCUAUUGUAACAGCGUCCUCCAGUCUCUUUAUUUCUGUGUUCCAUUUCGUGAGCAGUUGCUAGAAUAUUAUGCCAACAACAAAACUCCUUCUGAUGCAGAAGAAAAUCUCUUGACAUGCUUAGCAGAUUUAUUUUUACUGAUAAGCUCGCAAAAGAAAAAAACUGGUGUCAUUCCUCCAAAGCGUUUCGUCCAGAGAUUGAAGAGGCAAAAUGAAGUUUUCCGCAGCUUUAUGCAUCAGGAUGCCCAUGAAUUCCUGAACUAUUUGCUAAAUGAACUGGCUGACAUACUAGAAAAGGAGGUGUGCGUCGCUAAGAGCGAUCAACAAACUUCAUCUCCAUCUGAAAUGGUUAUUAAUGGGUGUAUUUCUAAAGGUCCUCAAAAGGAGCCUCUGGUCACCUUGGUGCACAAAAAUUUUCAGGGUAUAUUGACAAAUGAAACAAGGUGCUUGUGUUGUGAGACAGUGACAGCAAGGGAUGAAACGUUUCUUGACUUGAGCCUUGAUAUUGAACAGAACAGUUCAAUUACAAGCUGUCUGAAAAAUUUUAGCUCAACUGAGACUUUAAAUGCGGAGGACAAAUUCUUUUGUGAUAAAUGCUGCAGUUUGCAAGAGGCCCAAAAGAGAAUGAAGAUAAAAAGACCCCCUCACGUCCUGGUUAUCCAUUUGAAGAGAUUCAAGUACAUUGAACAGCUUAACAGGCAUAAGAAGCUAUCUUAUCGUGUUGUCUUCCCCCUUGAGUUGAAACUGAGCAAUACGGUCGAGGAUGCAGAUGCUGAGUAUUCCCUAUUUGCCGUAGUAGUCCACGUAGGGAGUGGGCCCAACCACGGACACUAUGUCAGCCUCGUGAAAAGUCACAACCACUGGUUAUUUUUUGAUGACGAAAAUGUGGAGAUGAUUGAUGAAUCCAUGAUUCAGACUUUCUUUGGAUCAACACAAGAGUAUUCUAGUAACACAGAUCAUGGCUACAUCUUAUUUUACGAAAGAUUAGUUGCUUCUAGCACUAGCUGAGAGAAGAUAGAAGUUUAGCCUAGACCAGCACUACUCCAAUUUUGGUCUUUUUUUUUUUUACAUACUUUGUUCUUCACCAUUUCCUUCCCAUAAUUUAUGGGAAACUUAUCUUUAAUAUCAAGCAGGAUGAAAUGAAAUGACUUCGUUGUUGCCACGAAUA